AUGGGACCCCCAGAUACAGACUAUGAAAACGGUUUAUUUACUGCAGUUUUAACCUUUCCUACCGAUUAUCCUUUAAAUCCACCAAAAAUGAAAUUUUUAUCUGAAAUGUUUCAUCCAAAUGUUUAUCCCAAUGGUGAAGUUUGUAUAAGUAUAUUACAUCCACCUGGUGAUGACCCAAAUCAUUAUGAAAGUAGUGUCGAAAGAUGGUCACCUGUUCAAUCAGUCGAAAAAAUUUUAUUAUCUGUUGUAUCAAUGUUAUCAGAACCAAAUAUAGAAAGCCCAGCAAAUAUAGAAGCAGCAAGAAUGUGGAGAGAUAAUAAAAAACAAUUUAGAGAUAAAGUUCAUAGAACAGUUAGAAAAUCGUUAGAACUUGAAGAUGAAAUAUAACAAUAAUAAUAAUAAUAAUAAUAAUAAUAAUAAUAAUAAUAAUAAUAAUAAUAAUAAUAAUAAUAAUAAUAAUAAUAAUAAUAAUAACGAUAACGAUGCAUCCUAAAAUAUAUAUAGAAUUAAAAUAGAAUAUAACAUAUCCUAAGCAUUUAAUUGUACAAAUAAAAGUUUACACCUAAAAAAAUAUAAUUAUAUUAUAUUAUAUUUUAAUAAUUACAUAUGAAUGUCUUUUUAACAUUCAUUUUAACC